ACUGGAUCGCUGUUGGGGGAAGGUAGUCCGCCGAGUAGCUUUUGGGCUCCUGCAAGUGUCGAAGAAGCAGCAGCAGCUGGUGGAUGAAGAGGAUAUCAAUAAGAGCACUCCGAACAACUGAGGAAACUGGCAACUUGGUGAUGCAUCACACCAGGAAGAAGCUGUAUAACUGUCCAGAUUGUGGAAAAUCUUUAAUUGAUAAUUCCCACCUCGUGAGACACCUGAGAACACACACAGGAGAGAAACCCUUUGAAUGUCCUGAUUGUGGGAAAAGUUUCAGCCACAAUUCCAGCCUGAUAAGUCAUCAGAGAACUCACACAGGAGAGAAACCCUUUGAAUGUCCUGAUUGUGGCAAACGUUUCAGUCAGAGUUCAAGCCUGGCGAAACAUAAAAUGACUCACACCGGAGAGAAACCCUUUGAAUGUUCUGAUUGUGGCAAAUGUUUCAGUCAAAGCUCCAGCUUGAUGGUACACCAGAGGACUCACAGAGAAGAGAAACCCUUUGAAUGCCCUGAUUGUGGGAAAGGUUUCAGUCAGAAUUCCAACCUGGUGGAACACCAGACGACUCACACAGGAGAGAAACCCUUUGAAUGUCCUGAUUGUGGUAAAUGUUUCAGUCGGAAUACCAGGCUAGUGAUACACCAGAGGACUCACACAGGAGAGAAACCCUAUAAAUGUCUUGAUUGUGGGAGAAAUUUCAGUCAAAAUUCCCACCUGUUGACACACCAGAGGAUUCACUCAGGAGAGAAACCUUUUAAAUGUUCUGAUUGUGGUAAAUGUUUCAUUCAGAAUUCCAAACUGAGGGUACACCAAAGGACUCACACAGGAGAGAAACCCUUUGAAUGUUCUGAUUGUGGGAAAAGUUUCAGUCAGAAUUGCAGCCUGGUGAACCAUCAGAGGACUCACACAGGAGAGAAACCCUUUGAAUGCCCUGAUUGUGGGAAAGGUUUCAGUCGAAGGUCCAGCUUGAUAGUACACCAGAGGACUCACACAGGAGAGAAACCCUUUGAAUGUCCGGACUGUGGGAAAAGUUUCAAUCAGAAUUCUGAACUGGUGAUUCAUCAGAGGACUCACACCGGAGAGAAACCCUUUGAAUGUUCUGAUUGUGGCAAAUGUUUCAGUCAGAAUUCACAUUUGGUUAAUCACCAGAGGACUCACACAGGAGAGAAACCUUUUGAAUGCCCUGAUUGUGGGAAAGGUUUCAGUCAGAGUUCUCACCUAGUAAGUCAUCAGAGGGCUCACACAGGAGAGAAACCCUUUGAAUGUCCUGAUUGUGGGAAAAAUUUUAGUCAGAAUUCCAACCUGGUGGAACACCAGAGGACUCACACAGGAGAGAAACCCUUUAAAUGUUCUGACUGUGGCAAAUGUUUCAGUCAGAAUGCCAACCUGGUGAACCACCAGAGGACUCACACAGGAGAGAAACCUUUUGAAUGUUCUGAUUGUGGCAAAUGUUUCGGUUGGUAUACAAGUUUGGUUAAACACCAGAGAACUCACACAGGGGAGAAGCACUUUGAAUGUUCGGAUUGUGGAAAGAGCUUUAGUAAAAAUUCACACUUGGUGAUUCACCAGAUGACUCAUACAGGCGGAAAGCCAUAUGAGUGUCCAGAUUGUGGCAAACGAUUCAGUUGGAAUUACAGUUUGAUUAAACACCAGAGGACGCACACAGGAGAGAAACCCUUUGAAUGUCCUGAUUGUGGGAAAGGUUUCAGUCAAAGGUCCAGCUUGGUGGUACACCAGAGGACUCAUACAGGAGAGAAACUCUUUGAAUGCCCUGAUUGUGGGAAAGAUUUCAGUCACAAUUCUCACCUUGUAAAUCACCAGAGGACUCACACAGGAGAGAAACCCUUUGAAUGUCCCGAUUGUGGGAAAGGUUUCAGUCAAAGGUCGAGCUUGUUGGUACACCAGAGGACUCACACAGGAGAGAAACUCUUUGAAUGCCCUGAUUGUGGGAAAGAUUUCAGUCAGAAUUCUCACUUAGUAAAUCAUCAGAGGACUCACACAGGAGAAAAACCCUUUGAAUGUUCUGAUUGUGGCAAAUGUUUCAGUUGGAAUUCCAAUUUGGUUAAACAUCAGAAGAUUCACACAGGGGAUAAACCCUUUGAAUGUUCUGAUUGUCGGAAAUGUUUUAGUCAGAAUUCUGAGCUGGUGAUUCAUCAGAGGACUCACACAGGAGAGAAACCCUUUGAAUGUUCCGAUUGUGGCAAAUGUUUCAAUUGGAAUUCUGAGCUGGUGAUUCAUCAGAGGACUCACACAGGAGAGAAACCUUUUGAAUGUUCUGAUUGUGGCAAAUGUUUCAGAUGGAAUUCCAAUUUGGUUAAACACCAGAGGACUCACACAGAGGAGAAACACUUUGAAUGUUUGGAUUGUGGGAAGAGUUUUAGUCAGAAUUCACACUUGGUGAUACACCAGAUGAUUCAUACAAGAGGGAAGCCAUAUGAGUGUCCAGAUUGUGGCAAACGUUUCAGUUGGAAUUCCACUUUGGUUAAACACCAGAGGACUCACACAGGAGAGAAACCCUUUGAAUGUCCUGAUUGUGGGAAAGAUUUUAGUCAGAAUUCUCACCUAGUAAAUCAUCAGAGGGCUCAUACAGGAGAGAAACCCUUUGAAUGUCCUGAUUGUGGGAAAGGUUUCAGUCAAAGCUCCAGCUUGGUGGUACACCAGAGGACUCACACAGGAGAGAAACACUUUGAAUGUUCUCAUUGUGGCAAAUGUUUCAGUCAGAAUUCCAACCUGGUGAAACACCAGAGGACUCACACAGGAGAGAAACCCUUUGAAUGUUCUCAUUGUGGCAAAUGUUUCAGUCAGAAUUGCAACCUGGUGAAACAUCAGCGGACUCACACAGGGGAGAAACACUUUGAAUGUGCUGAUUGUGGUAAAAACUUCAGUGAGAAUUCCAAAUUGGUGAAACAUCAGAGAACUCACACAGGGGAGAAACCUUUUGAAUGUCCUGAUUGUGGCAAAAGUUUCAGUCACAAUUCCAACCUGGUAAGACAUCAGAGAACUCACACAGGAGAGAAACCCUUUGAAUGUCCUGAUUGUGGCAAACGUUUCAGUCAGAAUUCAAGCCUGGCAAAACAUAAAAUGAUUCACACAGGAGAGAAACCCUUUGAAUGUUCUGAUUGUGGUAAAUGUUUCAGUCAGAAUUCCCAUUUGGUGAUUCACCAGAGGACUCACAGAGAAGAGAAACCCUUUGAAUGCCCUGAUUGUGGGAAAGGUUUCAGUCAGAAUUCCAACCUAGUGGAACAUCAGACGACUCACACAGGAGAGAAACCCUUUGAAUGUCCUGAUUGUGGAAAAUGUUUCAGUCGGAAUACCAGUCUGGUGAUACAUCAGAGGACUCACACAGGAGAGAAACCCUUUAAAUGUCCUGAUUGUGGGAGAAAUUUCAGUCAAAAUUCCCACCUGAUGACACACCAAAGGAUUCACUCAGGAGAGAAACCCUUUAAAUGUUCUGAUUGUGGCAAAUGUUUCAGUCAGAAUUCGAAACUGAGGGUACACCAAAGGAUUCACACAGGAGAGAAACCUUUUGAAUGUUCUGCUUGUGGCAAAUGUUUCAGUCAGAAUUCCAGUUUGAUUAAACACCGGAGGAAUCACACAGGAGAGAAACCCUUUGAAUGCCCUGAUUGUGGGAAAUGUUUCAGUCAAAGGUCCAGCUUGAUAGUACACCAGAGGACUCACACAGGAGAGAAACCCUUUGAAUGUCCUGAUUGUGGGAAAAGUUUCAGUCAGAAUUCUGAGCUGGUGAUUCAUCAGAGGACUCACACCGGAGAGAAACCCUUUGAAUGUUCUGAUUGUGGCAAAUGUUUCAGUCAGAAUUCCCAUUUGGUUAAACACCAGAGGACUCACACAGGAGAGAAACCCUUUGAAUGCCCUGAUUGUGGGAAAGGUUUCAGUCAGAGUUCUCACCUAGUAAAUCAUCAGAGGGCUCACACAGGAGAGAAACCUUAUGAAUGUCCCGAUUGUGGGAAAAAUUUCAGUCAGAAUUCCAACUUGGUGGAACAUCAGAGGACUCACACAGGAGAGAAACCCUUUAAAUGUUCUGAUUGUGGCAAAUGUUUCAGUCAGAAUGCCAACCUGGUGAAACACCAGAGGACUCACACAGGAGAGAAACCUUUUGAAUGUUUUGAUUGUGGCAAAUGUUUUGGUUGGUAUACCAGUUUGGUUAAACACCAGAGGAUUCACACAGGGGAGAAACACUUUGAAUGUUCGGAUUGUGGGAAGAGUUUUAGUCAGAAUUCACACUUGGUGAUACACCAGAUGACUCAUAUAGGAGGGAAGCCAUAUGAGUGUCCAGAUUGUGGCAAACGUUUCAGUUGGAAUUACAGUUUGGUUAAACACCAGAGGACUCACACAGGAGAGAAACCCUUUGAAUGUCCUGAUUGUGGGAAAGGUUUCAGUCAAAGGUCCAGCUUGGUGGUACACCAGAGGACUCACACAGGAGAGAAACCCUUUGAAUGUCCUGAUUGUGGGAAAGGUUUCAGUCAGAAUUCUGAGCUGGUGAUUCAUCAGAGGACGCACACAGGAGAGAAACCCUUUGAAUGUCCCGAUUGUGGGAAAAGUUUCAGUCAAAGGUCCAGCUUGGUGGUACACCAGAGAACUCACACAGGAGAGAAACCCUUUGAAUGUCCUGAUUGUGGAAAAGAUUUCAGUCAGAAUUCUCACCUAGUAAAUCAUCAGAGGGCUCACACAGGAGAGAAACCCUUUGAAUGUCCCGAUUGUGGGAAAGGUUUCAGUCAAAGGUCCAGCUUGGUGGUACACCAGAGGACUCACACAGGAGAGAAACCCUUUGAAUGUCCUGAUUGUGGGAAAGGUUUCAGUCAGAAUUCUGAGCUGGUGAUUCAUCAGCGGACUCACACCGGAGAGAAACCCUUUAAAUGUUCCGAUUGUGGCAAAUGUUUCAGUCAGAAUGCCAACCUGCUGAAACACCAGAGGACUCACACAGGAGAGAAACCCUUUGAAUGUUCUGAUUGUGGCAAAUGUUUCAGUUGGAAUUCCAGUUUGGUUAAACACCAGAGGACUCACACAGGGGAGAAACACUUUGACUGUCUGGAUUGUGGGAAGAGUUUUAGUCAGAAUUCACACUUGGCGAUACACCAAAUGACUCAUACAGGAGGGAAGCCAUGUGAGUGUCCAGUUUGUGGCAAACUUUUCAGUUGUAAUUCCAGGUUGGUUAUACACCAGAGGAUUCACACAGGAGAGAAACCCUUUGAAUGUCCUGAUUGUGGGAAAGGUUUCAGUCAAAGCUCCAGCUUGGUGGUACACCAGAGGACUCACACAGGAGAGAAACCAUAUAAAUGUCCAAAUUGUGGAAAAUCUUUCAUUGAUAAUUCCCACCUUGUGAGACACCAGAGAACACACACAGGAGAGAAACCCUUUGAGUGUCCUGAUUGUGGGAAAAGUUUCAGUCAGAAUUCCAAUCUGGUGGAACACCAGAGGACUCACACAGGAGAGAAACCCUUUAAAUGUCCUGAUUGUGGGAAAAGUUUCAGUCAGAAUUCCAAUCUGGUGGAACACCAGAGGACUCACACAGGAGAGAAACCCUUUAAAUGUCCUGAUUGUGGGAAAAGUUUCAGUCAGAAUUCCCAUUUGGUUAAACACCAGAGGACACACACAGGAGAGAAACCUUUUGAAUGCCCUGAUUGUGGGAAGGUUUUCAGUCAGAGUUCUCACCUAGUACAUCAUCAGAGGGCUCACACAGGAGAGAAACCCUUUAAAUGUCCCGAUUGUGGGAAAGGUUUCAGUCAAAGGUCCAGCUUAGUGGAACACCAGAGGACUCACACAGGAGAGAAACCCUUUGAAUGUCCCAAUUGUGGGAAAGGUUUCAGUCAAAAGUCCAGCUUGGUGGUACACCAGAGGACUCACACAGGAGAGAAACCCUUUAAAUGUUCUGAUUGUGGCAAAUGUUUCAGUGAGAAUUCCAAACUGAGGGUACACCAAAGGAUUCACACAGGAGAGAAACCAUUUGAAUGUUCUGCUUGUGGCAAAUGUUUCAGUCAGAAUUGCAGUUUGGUUAAACACCAGAGGAAUCACACAGGAGAGAAACCCUUUGAAUGCCUUGAUUGUGGGAAAUGUUUCAGUCAAAAGUCCAGCUUGGUGGUACACCAGAGGACUCACACAGGAGAGAAACCCUUUGAAUGUCCUGAUUGUGGGAAAAGUUUCAGUCAGAAUUCUGAGCUGGUGAUUCAUCAGAGGACUCACACCGGAGAGAAACCCUUUGAAUGUUCUGAUUGUGGCAGAUGUUUCAGUCAGAAUUCCCAUUUGGUUAAACACCAGAGGACUCACACAGGAGAGAAACCCUUUGAAUGCCCUGAUUGUGGGAAAGCUUUCAGUCAGAGUUCUCACCUAGUAAAUCAUCAGAGGGCUCACACAGGAGAGAAACCUUUUGAAUGUCCUGAUUGUGGGAAAGGUUUUAGUCAAAGGUCCAGCUUGGUGGAACACCAGAGGACUCACACAGGAGAGAAACCUUUUGAAUGUCCAGAUUGUGGGAAAAAUUUCAGUCAGAAUUCCAACCUGGUGGAACACCAGAGGACUCACACAGGAGAGAAACCCUUUAAAUGUUCUGAUUGUGGCAAAUGUUUCAGUCAGAAUGCCAACCUAGUGAAACACCAGAGGAUUCACACAGGGGAGAAACACUUUGAAUGUUCGGAUUGUGGGAAGAGUUUUAGUCAGAAUUCACACUUGGUCAUACACCAGAUGACUCAUACAGGAGGAAAGCCAUAUGAGUGUCCAGAUUGUGGCAAACGUUUCAGUUGGAAUUACAGUUUGGUUAAACACCAGAGGACUCACACAGGAGAGAAACCCUUUGAAUGUCCCGAUUGUGGGAAAGGUUUCAGUCAAAGGUCCAGCUUGGUGGUACACCAGAGAACUCACACAGGAAAGAAACCCUUUGAAUGUCCUGAUUGUGGGAAAAGUUUCAGUCAGAAUUCUGAGCUGGUGAUUCAUCAGAGGACGCACACAGGAGAGAAACCCUUUGAAUGUCCCGAUUGUGGGAAAGCUUUCAGUCAAAGGUCCAGCUUGGUGGUACACCAGAGAACUCACACAGGAGAGAAACCCUUUGAAUGUCCUGAUUGUGGGAAAGAUUUCAGUCAGAAUUCUCACCUAGUAAAUCAUCAAAGGUCUCACACAGGAGAGAAACCCUUUGAAUGUCCCGAUUGUGGGAAAGGUUUCAGUCAAAGGUCCAGCUUGGUGGUACACCAGAGGACUCACACAGGAGAGAAACCCUUUGAAUGUCCUGAUUGUGGGAAAGGUUUCAGUCAGAAUUCUGAGCUGGUGAUUCAUCAGAGGACUCACACCGGAGAGAAACCCUUUGAAUGCUCCAAUUGUGGCAAAUGUUUCAGUCAGAAUGCCAACCUGCUGAAACACCAGAGGACUCACACAGGAGAGAAACCCUUUGAAUGUUCUGAUUGUGGCAAAUGUUUCAGUUGGAAUUCCAGUUUGGUUAAACACCAGAGAACUCACACAGGGGAGAAGCCGUAUAACUGUCCAGAUUGUGGAAAACCUUUCACUGAUAAUUCUCACCUCGUGAGACACCUGAGAACUCACACAGGAGAGAAACCCUUUGAGUGCCCUGAUUGUGGGAAAAGUUUCAGUGAUAAUUCUAAUCUAGUAAACCAUCAGAGGGCUCACACGGGAGAGAAACCCUUUGAAUGUCCUCUUUGUGGGAAAAGUUUCAGUCAGAAUUCUGACCUGGUGAAACACCAGAGGACUCACACAGGAGAGAAACCCUUUGAAUGUCUUAUUUGUGGGAAAUGUUUCAGUCAGAAUUCUCACCUGGCGAUUCAUCAGAGGACUCACACAGGAGAGAAACCCUUUGAAUGUCCUGUUUGUGGAAAACGUUUCAGUCAGAAUUCUGACCUGGUGAAACACCAGAGGACUCACACAGGAGAGAAACCCUUUGAAUGUCCUGUUUGCGGGAAAUGUUUCAGUCAGAAUUAUAACCGGAUGAACCAUCAGAGGACUCAUGCAAGAGACAAACCCUUUGAAUGUUCUGAUUGUGGAAAAGGUUUCAGUCAAAAUUCUGAACUAUUGAACCAUCAGAGGAUUCACACAGGAGAGAAACCCUUUGAAUGUUCUGAUUGUGGGAAAAGUUUCAGUCGGAAUUCCAGUCUGGUGAAUCAUCAGAAGACUCACAUAGGAGAGAAACCCUUUGAAUGUUCUGAUUGUGGGAAAGGUUUCAGUCGAAAUUCCAGUCUGCUGAAUCAUCAGAGGACUCACACAGGAGAGAAACCCUUUGAAUGUUCUGAUUGUGGGAAAAGUUUCAGUCAGAAUUGCACCCUGGUGAACCAUCAGAGGGCUCACACAGGAGAGAAACCUUUUGAAUGUUCUGAUUGUGGGAAAAGUUUCAGUCAGAAUUCCAAUCUGCUGAAUCAUCAGAGCAUUCACAUAGCAGAGAAUCCCUUUGAAUGUCCUGUUUGCGGGAAAAGUUUCAGUCACAAUUACAGCCUGAUGAACCAUCAGAGAACUCACACAGGAGAGAAACCCUUUCACUGUCCUCAUUGUGGAAAAUGUUUCAGUUACAAUUCCAACUUGGUAAGACAUCAGAGAAUUCACAGAUUUCCCCCUUUGCAUGUGUAGUACGUUGGGAAAGUUUCCAUGAGAAUUCUGACCCCAUGAAACACCAGAGGGCUCACAUAGGAGAGAAACCCUUUGAAUGUCCUGUUUGUGCCAAACAUUUCUGUCAGAAUUCACAGAGGAGACAAAUCUGUCUGUGGAUGAUGCUUCCUGCCUAAAUUGUUCCUUAUUGCCCACAUGGAAAUCCAACUGAGGGAAAAAUUGAUGACUUUAGGGAAGGCUUGAAUUUCUUUUUUUCCCCAAUAUAUUUUUAUUAUUUUUGCAUGUAAAACAAUGCAAUAUCACAGAGUCGAAGUGACCAUACAUUCACAUUAUAUACAGCUAGUCUCAACCAUUAACAA